AUGAAAGGUCUAAUCACCACCGUCCUAGCCCUGGGCACCGCUCUGGCAUUCCCAGCCCCACGCGGUACCUCCUCCCUGUCCUCGCUCGCCCUGCAGAAAGUCCUCAGCGAUGCGUCUCCUAUCUUGGGGGCCUACGCGAAGAGCAGCCUCUCAACUGCUAGCUGGAUGCACCACUACCCUGACAGCACCAAGCUCGUGCACAUGAACCUGCCCGGUGUGCACGACGCCCAAACAUGGAACUACUCCCAAGCAACCCAGGACGCACUCAAGCACGUGACAGACCUCGACGGAAACACUGUGUAUCCACCUGAGAUAUAUCGAUGCCAGGAGAAAAGCAUCAUUGACAUGUUGAAUGCGGGGAUCAGGGUCUUUGAUGUGCGAUACGCAUAUGAUCCGACAAAUUCUACGCUGGUGUUUUGGCACUCGGAGGCGUUGAUGAGCGAGACGGCUACGGUAGAAGACGUGCUCUUUGGAUUUUACCGAUGGCUGGAUGAACAACCGAGUGAGACGUUGAUGUUGUCUUUCCAGUACGAGGGUGGAACUACCAUCAACGCGAAGAACGACGCAGCGACUCAGAUGGAGCUGUUCAGGACUCUCACGACACCAGCAGCGAAAAAGUAUUUCCUGCAAACGAAAGAUCAGUUUGGAACUCUUGGGGAAGCAAGGGGAAAGAUCACUCUCUUGAAGAGGUUUGAUCUCGAUCAAUUGCCUGCAUCAUACGGCGACGCCCUUCCCGGGAUCCAUUUCUCACCCGCCCUCUGGACGGACGACGGCGUUGACAUUGCCUUAACCUACAACAGCGCCAAGAAUCUUACAGCAUACAUAGAAGAUUACUACCAGCCCAAUUCCCCUAUCGGCAUGGGUGCCGCGUACAACAUCGAGCUGAAGCUCAACGCUACAACGCAACAUUUGGUCAAGGCGAGUGGGAUGUAUCCAGAUAGUCUGUUCUGGAGCUUUGCGAGCAGUAAUUAUGAUGUGGAUUCGCCGCCCGAGACGCCGAGGAUUAUGGCGUUGGGGAAUGGGACGCAAUUGACGCCGAAAGGCGGGGUCAAUCAACAACUUGUUCCUUUCUUGAAGGGCAUGAAGGGGAAGAGGGUGGGGAUUGUGAUGUUUGACUUCUUUGACACGCCGGGGGAUUUGGUUCAGGCGCUGUUGGAUCUGUGA